CCCAUACAUUCUUUAAACACAAGGGUCCCUCAAGAAAAAGGGAAUCGAAUCAAAUAGAGAAGAAACCAAAAUUCCUUUCUUAGCUAGGAAGUCCGCAUAAUUGAAGCACUUUGAAUGAAUGGCUCUUAUCUUCUUCUUCCAUUAAUCUCUCCUAUCACACUUUUCUCUCAUCCUUUCCUCUCAUUUCUAUCUCUUCACAAAGAACGUCGUUCAAGUUGCUCAAGAUCUUCACGGAAUUGUUUUCGGUUUGCUACUCCUGUUUUCAUUCAUAGCUUCGUGCAUCUUUCAACCAAAAAUUAAAUAGAAAAAAGUGAGCAUUCCCGUCUCUUCUCUUCACCGACCUUAGACUACCUUUCUCGUCACUGUCGAGCCCUUCCUCCUCACCUCCGACUUGUUAUUCUCCUCACCGUCGGCAUGCCUCUGCUUUACUAGUUCAUCUCUGCCGUUCGUCUGUUUUCUGUCUUGUGCUGAGCUGAAUCUCUGCUCUUUUCUUUGUUGUUCUGUGGUGGAAAAGGGUGCGCUCAUGCGUGUAUGUUCAGCUUUUCUUUUCUUUCUCCUCAACAGUUGGAAGUCUAUGUGUGUAUGGUAAUCUGAUUUGUGUGUUUGCUUGCUGAAAUUUUCUGUCUUCUUCUUUCCUCGGUUCUGCUCUGUUUCGUGGCUUACAAAGGUGGUGUAUGCACGCAUGUUCGGACCUUCUUUUUCUUCCUCCUCAGUUGCUGAAAGUUCCAUGUGUGUGUGUGUGUAUGGUAGCUCGACUAUUUUGUUUGCUGGCUGAAUUUUGGUCUUCUUCCUUCUCGUGCGUGUGGAAACUUGCUCUUCUUUGUUCCUUCUUCAAUGUUAAGCACGUUUGAUUUAUAGCUGCUGUCACUGUGUUUUAUUGAGUUGAUUUUGCACUUCUAAUAGAUCAUUGUGGGGCCCUUUUGCUUUUUUGGAAAGGAGGAAGCCUAUUGCGAUUGUUGUUUUGGGAUUACUUGCAUCAAAGAAAUUGAUGGAAACUACCGCUAUCAUCAAAAGACAGUUACUCCAUGUUGGUCAUGUCAAGAAGAUGGAACUUGCAUAUUUCUCUUUAAAUUCAAAAUCAACAUUGUUCACUUUAUCAAUGGCAUCAAUUUUAUUGUGGGAAGAAUUGAUAAUCAGAAAAUGUGAUGGAUUGAAGCACUUGGUGACAAGUGAUGGAGAUGAUUAUAAAGAUCAAAAGAAUUGCAUCUCCAUUUUUCCAAACUUGAAGAAGCUAAAAAUCAGGGAGUGUAAUGACAUGGAAUUUUUAUUUCCAUCCACAAUAUCUUUGGAAAUUAAAAAUUUAAGGUCUUGGACUAUCAAAGAUGCUCCUAAACUAACAUAUAUUGUAGGGAAAUACCAACAAAAGGAUAUUUUUGCAAAUCAAAAUCAACAAAAUGAGCUACAACUUGAUCUCCUUGCUUUGCAGUUCCUUUGCUUUCAAGGUGAACCAAAUGUGGUAAGCAUUUGUGCCAUGAAUUUUGAUUUCCUAGUGCCACAAUCUCUUCAAACAAUUUCUUUGGCCGAUUGUGGCAUUAAAUCUUUUAAUGAGUGGAAGUUUUGCACAAGUGAAGAACACUUGGAUUGGAAAAUCACCAAGCAGAAAACAAAUGCAUCCAAAGACGGAGUCACCAACUUACAAGUAGUCCAAAGCCCGCUAAUUCAAUCAUUGAAAAAUAUCAAGGAUAUGAAACUCCAAAACUGUUCAAAGCUUAUAUCAUUGUUCGCUCUACCAACUGCCUCAACGGUUUUGUUGGAAAAUUUGACAAUCCAAAGUUGUCAUCAACUGAAGUGUAUUGUAGAAGAUGAAGACAAUGCUCAAGGUUCCAGGAAUUGCUACUACAUUUUCCCAACAUUAAAGAAUCUAGAAAUUGAGGAUUGUGAAGGGUUGGAAUUUUUAUUUCCAUCUUCAUCAUUUGUGCAACUUAAGAGUCUCAAGUCUUUAACUAUCAAGGGUGCUUCUGAGCUAAAAUAUGCCAUUGAAAAAUAUCAGAGCAUGAGGAUUAUUUAUCAAAUCAAAAUCAACAUCAUGAGAUGCACUUUGAUCUGCCAGUUUUAGAGUUCCUUUGCUUUCAACACAUCCCAAAAAUGAGACUAUAUUUAUCUACAGAUGUAGUUCAUCGAACUUUUCAAGCAACUCAAAGCCUCGCAAUGCCAUCAUUGAUCAACAUCAAGAAGAUGGAACUCGUGAAUUGUGCCAACUUAAUAUCAUUGUUUGCUCCACAUGAUGCCUCAAUCCUUUCCUUGGAAGAACUCACAAUCGAAAGCUGUCAUCAACUAAAAUGCAUUGUAGCAGAUGAAGGAGGUGCUACAGCUCAUAUGAAUCACAAAUCCAUCUUUCCAAAGUUGAAACGUCUAGACAUUUCAUUUUGCAAUGCAAUGGAAUAUCUAUUUCCAGCAUCUACUUUUAGAUCCCCCAUGCAUUUGGAAUGUCUUUCAAUCUUCGGAGCACAUGAGUUGGAAUAUGUGUUGGGAAGAAGCUCUCAUGAUUACAAUUUAUCUCAUCAGAAUGAGAAUAUCAAAACUUGCAUUGAUUUCCCUACUUUAAAAGAACUAUGGAUAUAUUAUGUGCCAAAACUUGUCAACUUGUGUCCCGAAAACUUUUGUUUGAAAGGGUUAUUUAUGAAGUUCAUUAAACUAGA